CGGCGGCGGAAGGGGCAGGGCCGCCGCGGGGCGGGGACGGGGACGGUGACGCCGCGGCGGAGCGGAGCGGAGCGGAGCGGCGGCGCCAUGGUGAACCUGGGGCUCCGCCGGGUGGAGGACAGCGUCGCCGCCAAGCACCCGGCCCUGCAGCAGUACGCGGCCUGCCAGUCCCACGCCUUCAUGAAGGGCAUCGGCACCUUCGUGGCAGGCACCGGCGCGGCUUUCGCCCUGCAGAAGCUGCUGAACAAGAAGCUGCCGUACACGCUGCAGUGGAACCUGCUGCUGGCCGUGGUUGCAGGAUCCCUUGCCAGCUACAUGGUAACCAGAGCUGAGACGCAGAAAUGCUCUGACUUCUGGAUUUUCCUGGAGACAGGCAAGUCCCCACAGGAGCAUGCCAUGGCUGGCAGGAUGUCUCAGCCCCCAGAAAAUCUGCCCAGCCCAGAGGGCAGAGAGACUGUGGCACCACCAGUGAGGAGGAACAAGUAUGGGGAUGUUGUGGAGUAGCCAGUGGAGCGUGCAGUACCAUGCCUGUGUCUUGUUGCAGCUCCGUCUUCACCCUUUCCUGUCUGCACAACCUGCUGCUGCCUGUGAGACUGGUGGGGGCUGUAGUGCUGCCCCCAGGAGUUCAGACGCGGUGAGAGUGUGGUGGAGGCGAGACUGCCACCCUCCCAGGUGGCCUCUGUGUGAGCAUCACACGUGGAGAAUGCAAUAAAAGUCCAGAGCUAAAAGUGCA